AUGGACUUCCUUCAGGAUCCAGGCUCCUCCUGGGGACCUGGGCCCAGAGUGGCUGAGCUUCCAGUGUGUCUCCCAGGUGACCCCGUGAAGCCCUCUCGGGGCCCACUGGUGACCUGCACGUGUGAGAACCCACACUGCAAGGGGCCUACCUGCCAGGGGGCCUGGUGCACGGUAGUGCUGGUGCGGGAGGAGGGCAGACACCCCCAGGAACAUCGAGGCUGCGGGAAUCUGCACCAGGAGCUCUGCAGGGGGCGCCCCACCGAGUUCGUCAACCACUACUGCUGCUACAGCCCCCUCUGCAACCAAAACGUGUCCCUGGUGCUGGAGGCCACCCGAACUCCUCCGGAACAGCCACAAGAAGAUGGCCAGCUGCCUCUGAUCCUGGGCCCCGUGCUGGCCUUGCUGGCCCUUGUGGCCCUGGGUGCCCUGGGCCUGUGGCACAUCCGGCGGAGGCAGGAGAAGCAUCGGGGUCUGAACAAUGAGCUGGGCGAGUCCAGUCUCAUCCUGAAGGCAUCCGAACCGGGGGACAGCAUGUUGGGGGACCUCCUGGACAGUGACUGCACCACGGGCAGUGGCUCAGGGCUCCCCUUCCUGGUGCAGAGGACAGUGGCACGGCAGGUUGCCCUGGUGGAGUGUGUCGGAAAGGGCCGCUAUGGUGAGGUGUGGCGGGGCCUGUGGCAUGGUGAGAGUGUGGCUGUCAAGAUCUUCUCCUCGAGGGAUGAGCAGUCCUGGUUCCGGGAGACUGAGAUCUACAACACAGUGUUGCUCAGACACGACAACAUCCUAGGCUUUAUCGCCUCCGACAUGACCUCCCGCAACUCGAGCACGCAGCUGUGGCUCAUCACGCACUACCACGAGCACGGCUCGCUCUACGACUUUCUGCAGAGGCAGACGCUGGAGCCCCAGCUGGCCCUGAGGCUAGCGGUGUCCGCGGCCUGCGGCCUGGCGCACCUGCACGUGGAGAUCUUCGGCACGCAGGGCAAGCCGGCCAUCGCCCACCGCGACCUCAAGAGCCGCAACGUGCUGGUCAAGAGCAACCUGCAGUGCUGCAUCGCCGACCUGGGUGAGCCGCCGGGAGGGCGUCACCCUCUAUUCCCAGGCAUCGUGGAGGACUACAGGCCACCCUUCUAUGAUGUGGUGCCCAAUGAUCCCAGCUUCGAGGACAUGAAGAAGGUGGUGUGUGUUGACCAGCAGACUCCCACCAUCCCCAACCGACUGGCUGCAGACCCGGUCCUCUCAGGCCUGGCUCAGAUGAUGCGGGAGUGCUGGUACCCCAACCCCUCCGCCCGCCUCACCGCGCUGCGGAUCAAGAAAACCCUACAGAAACUCAGCAACGGUCUCCAGAAGCCCAAAGUGAUUCACUAGCCACGGGCCUGAUGCUGCGUCCCCUCCUGCAGUGUGUGCGGGGUGGGUGGUGGAUGGUGGCCUGUCUGGGUAGAGGUUGUAUGACUGUGUGUACUGGGGAGGAGGGUGCCCCUCUAUGGGCAGCUGUGUCUGCCCAGCUCGGCCCCCAGCCCAUCCAGCCAAAAAUACAGCUGGGCUGAAACUUGA